AUGAACCUAAGAACCAUGACCUUAAUUGCUAACAGUAACAAUUUACUCGUCAAGAAAGCUUUCAAACAUGGUAUCAAGCACUGUGAGGAAACGAAAGACAAUAUUUAUUCGAAAUGGCUACUAGUACUAAAAGAAUACAACCUCACACUUAAGAAAAAUGAAAUGAAAUUCAAGUUGAAAAAAAUCAAAACAGGAAAUAAUUUUGAUAUUCACACUGACGGAUCAAGACUCGAAUCAAAGACUGGAAUGGGGAUUAAUAUCUAUGAUUGCUCCAAUAUGAACACUCCAGUUAGAUCUUUAUCCCUCCAUAUUAAUGAUCAAUAUUCAAAUAAUGUAGCUGAAAUAUGCUCUAUUAUUACAGCAGCUAAAGUUAUCCCAAGAGACUCCAAGAUUAAAAUCCAUACUGAUAGUAAUGUGGCAAUUGAAGUUCUCAAAGAACGAUAUAAGGGAAACUUUCUACCACUAAAAAAAGCCUUCUUUAAAACCAUUAAGGAUAGAAAACUUGAAUAUGAAUUCAAGAAAGUUGAAGCUCAUAAGGAUAAGGAAAAUAUCAAAGUUGAUUUAUUGGCAAAGAAUGCAACUCUGAAACCUAAAAUCUUUGAUAUCCGUAAACUACUCUUUAAUCAAUAUAUCCUCACAAAGAACGAUAUUAUAAUCUUUGACUAUAAGAGGUUAACUACCUCACAACAUUUAAGGCUAAUGCUUGACAAGAUAGAGAGUCACCCCAAUCACAUACCUAACCUAGAUUGGAACUCUAUCAACGUCAGCUACCUUAAAUCCCAUUUGUCUCCUAAAUCUAAAUAUUAUAUUUGGAGAAACUCUUCAAAUGCCCACAUCAAUUUUGGUGAGGGUAAAAGUUUCUGUCAUGAUUGUAACACAGAAUCUGACCUUAAUCACUAUAUUCAUGAAUGCCCUGCUCUGGAUAGUGCCAGAUACUUUUGCUUGUCAAAAAUAUCUGAUAUUCUUGAUCAGAGAGAGUGUAAACUCACUCAUAUUCAAUUCAGACCAGAAAAGCAUCACCAUGUACUCUUCUUCCACCAUUCUGGAACCACAUUCUUCGAAGAUGGAUACGUACAACAAUACCCAGACAUUGCAGAGAAAUGGCCUGAGAUCCAGGGAGCCAUUUCUAACUUUGUCGGCCGCUCCUAUAGAUAUUAUUAUAUUGACUCAAUGUAAAUUUACAAAUUCAAAGAGAAUCUGAAUAGAUUCGUUAUUAUUGCAAUAAAAGAUUUUUU